AUGGCAGCCGAGCUCUGCACCUCGGAGAGUGGCAUCCUCUCCUCGCUCACGCUGACGCCCGCCGAGGCGUACCACAACUCGCUCUGGGACUUGCGCGCGCGCGGCGUCCCGGUGCAGGCCAUCGGCGUGCAGGCGCACUUCGACGGGGAAGUGGACGCGUCCACUGUCAAGCACCGCCUCGACGUGCUCCGCGAGCUGCGCAUGCCCGUCUACAUCACGGAGCUCACCAUCUCGGGCCUCGACCCGGCGCAGCAAGCGUAUGAGCUCGAGAAGUUCCUGCGCAUCGCCUUCUCGCACGAAGCAGUGGCCGGCAUCACUCUCGGACAGCUGUGGGACGACCCGAGGACAACGGCAGCAGGCGCCAACGGGCCGGGGCUCUACACGGCGGGGAAGCAGCCCAAGCCGGGGGCGGAACGGGUGGACAGCCUGUGGCGGGGGGAGUGGCAUACCGAGGUGACGCACGAGAUGACGUCGCGCGGCCGCGAGGCCGGCUUGCUGCCGCUGGAGGCCGCUGUCCUAGCGUUCUACGGCACGUACGCGUACGAGCUGCGGCACGGCGAGCAGCUCUGCGCGGGUGAGGUGGAGCUGCGCCGCGAGGCGACCGUCCAGCCCACUCGGUGGCAGCCGCACCCGCCUAGAGCGACGCUGGUGACGGUGCAGUGCGACUGGAAGGGGCACUGGCGGUACCCGAUCUGGGCGACCCCAGCGCUGAUCGCCUCCGCGUCGGUGGGGUGCCUCUUUGCUUGCUACCGCAAGCGGGCGGAGCUGACCGCAAAGACGCCGGCGCGCGCGAGGCCGGGCCUCGGUGGGCGAAAGAGCGAGACGAGGAGACAGCACCAGCCGCUGCGAACGGUGGAGCCGGUGGAUGAGGUCAGCAUCUGA